CUCAGAGCGAGAGAGAGGGAGAGAAAGUCCAAAUAAUGCCCACAGAGCUGGAUGUGUGUAAACGAUGAAAGGACAAUGUCAAUGGGAUGUUGCAGACCGCAGCAUCAGUAUUAUUGAAGCUGUUAAUCUUAACACUUGUCUAAAGUCUAAUAAAAAGCGCUGCUCUUUUCGGUGAUAAACGGAAGUUUUUUAAACGGUUCACAAAAAAGGCAUACCAAAAGUAAAGGGAACUUCCUCUUCCCGUAAUAACGUUGUUCCGUGGUAUUGUAUUCAAAUUGUAUCAUCUGGGCUUUGAUAAAACGCGACUAAGAUAGCGGAAGCUGUUUAACAAAAAACGCCUAAAAAAUCCCAUGAGCAACGGAAGUAAAAUCAAUCAAAAUAUGCAAAUCCUAAAUUGAAGAAGUCAAUGGUUUUUGGGACACCUCCACCUGGGAGAAACAUAUAUACAAUCCAGCUAUACGAAACCAACGAAUGAACGAACGAACGCAGGAACUGCAGAAAACCAUGCCAAGCCAAUGUUAAGCUACAAAACCAAUUUUGUAAAUGUGAAAUUGGAAUUCAAUUAAAUUUUUAAUACGACAUCAAAGUUAACAUACAUUCACACUAUCCGUGUGAAUGUGGUUAAGGCAUACCACACACACACACCCACACCCACCCACAACCAUAUGUAUGUCCUUGCAUAAAUUUUCCGUUUUGAAAUUCGGUUAAAAAAGUAAUGAAAAUUGAAUGACACAUUGAACGGCAGCAAUGCACAGCAACAACAACAGCAGCAGCUUUACAAAAACUAUUAACGGUACAAAUACAAACACAACACACACAGCUCCAAUUGGUUGUGAGCGCCAAAGAGACGAAGAAAAAGCAGAGAGAGUACAUGGCCAUAGACACAUGUUGAAGCACUGCAUUGACAAUUAGUUAAAUAUUUAUAUUGACAAUCAAGUGGUUGGUGGUUGAUGAGCGGCGUUUUUUCGUGAAAAAAAAAACCAAAUUUAUUUAACGGAUUUGUGUGCCUGCCUCUCCACCUGCUCCACUAACAGUGAGUUCACUGUCAACAAGUUCAGAGAGCGAAAAUCCUCAUACUGUCAUUGCAGUUGUCGUUGUCAUCUGUUUGGGUAAUUGCAUUAAAGUUGAAACGUCAUUCCAGUGCAGUGGACACUUCAUUAUCAGCCAACGAAAUACCAUUUAGACCGCCAAGUUGGAAGGAAAACGGCUUUUUUCAGCAGUUAAUAAUUUUUUCACUGGUUCAACAUUUGCCAGGGAAAUCAAACAUCUAAUGACACGUAAUACAUCUGUAAGUGUCGACGACACUUCUGAAGUAUUGACAAAUGUUGAACAGUUGACUCCGGGCGCCAGUGCCGGCGCAAACAGUAGUCUACAACAACAGGCGACAGCAGAGAACCCUGAAGUAUUGCCAAAUUCAAACUCACAAAAUGCACAGAGCACCUCGAUGGCGGUGAUGGCAACACCGCAAACAUUGCCGCUAGAAACUUCAGACACAAUGACAACGCCAACAAAGGGACGACGGCGACGUUCGCCGCGACAUAGAAAGAAAACCCCAACGAAUUUCGAUUCGACCAAUAAUAAAUCGGAAUUGGAUAGCGGCAGCAGCACUAGACAGAGUAGUAGAUAUCAACGAACACCCAGGACUGCAUCAGAUCCCGAUACAGAUUCAUCAUGUGAUUUCAAUUCAAGUCAACGACGUCGAGGCGGCGCAGCUGAUGGCACUGGGGAACAUAGGCCAAGACGACCUUUUCGAGACAUACCCAACACCAUAGUAACAUCGGUUGAGGAAUAUGCCGAGGAUAUGGUUUCUGAGGACAAAUACAAUUACAACAAUGGCAAUGAAUCGCAAAAUUCUGAGGAAUAUGAUGAUGACGAUGAGGAUGAAGCGAGUGUUACAACGGAAUCCGACAACGAUGCCGAUAUCGAUAAUGAGGGCAAUGACAUUGAAGUGGAAGAGAUCGCCGAUGAUUUUGAAGUGACGUCUUCGACGGAACAAAAUAAACGUAGACCAAAGACUAAAACGGUUAGCAAACAUAAAACGAAAACACGUCAAUUUUCAAAGCAACGAACGCCGUCAAAUGAAUCAUAUGAGGCGGCCGGUGGUCGAAUAAUAUCGAAAAGUCAAAUGCGAGAAUUUCGAGAAGCAUUUCGCCUUUUCGAUAAAGAUGGCGACGGUUGCAUUACCAAGGAGGAGCUGGGUACGGUUAUGCGUUCGCUGGGUCAAUUUGCACGUGUCGAAGAGCUGCAGGAAAUGUUGCAGGAAAUUGAUGUUGAUGGCGAUGGAAAUGUUAGUUUUGAGGAGUUUGUGGAUAUUCUCUCGAAUAUGGCCUAUGAAGAUAAGUCUGGUCUCUCAUCGGCCGAUCAAGAAGAACGUGAGUUGCGUGAUGCCUUUCGUGUGUUCGACAAACAUAAUCGUGGCUACAUAACGGCAUCGGAUUUAAGGGCUGUAUUGCAGUGUCUGGGAGAGGAUUUAGAUGAAGAAGAAAUUGAAGACAUGAUUAAGGAAGUCGAUGUUGACGGUGAUGGCCGUAUUGAUUUCUAUGAAUUUGUUCAUGCCUUGGGCGAGCCGGAGGACUCUCAAGAAAACGACGAAGAGGAAGAGAACACCACAUCACCAUUGCCAACACCAAAAUCGAAUGUUUCCAUAACAUAUGAAUAAAUUUAAGAAACUCGUGAGAGAGAAAGAAAGAGAGAGGUUAGAAGAGCAGUCAAGUUAACUCAUUUGAAUUCACUUGCAAUUCAAGCCAAGGCAAAACCGAACGAAGAAGAACAAGAAGAAAAUCAUGCAAACAAGGAAACACCAUAAGAACUAACCCAAACCAACCAACACAACCCACAUAAGGAAUAAAAGUAAUCAAAAUUUAAAUGAAUAUCAAACUUUUUUUCUAAAAACCACUUAGCUUCAAUAUAAGAAAAAUUAAAAAAAAAAAAACGUCAACAAGAGAAAACAUUUUUUUAGAAACUAAUAAUGUGUGAACUUUUUUAAAGACUCUCUUCGUAAGAAAUAUAAAAUGGAAAACUAAUUUAGAUUUUAGAGAACACAUAUCCGAAAAAUCCCCUGUCGUUUAUUUCAUAUUCCAAUAUUUAACAUUUUGCAGACUAAACUUCUAUUUUCGAUAGCAAAUUCUGUUUGCAGGGAGAAAAGUUGUUAUCGACAACUUUUCUACACCAAAAGCUGUUAUCGACAACUUUUCUACAACGAAAAGUUGUUAUCGACAACUUUUCUACAACGAAAAGUUGUUAUCGACAACUUUUCUGCAAUGAAAAGUUGUUAUCGACAACUUUUCUACAACGAAAAGUUGUUAUCGACAACUUUUCUACAACGAAAAGUUGUUAUCGACAACUUUCCUAUGCAGAAAAAUUGUUAUCGACAACUUUCCUAUGCAGAAAAAUUGUUGUCGACAACUUUCCUAUGCAGAAAAAUUGUUAUCGACAACUUUCCUAUGCAGAAAAAUUGUUAUCGACAACUUUUCUAGGCGGAAAAGUUGUUAUCGACAACUUUUCUAGGCGGAAAAGUUGUUAUCGACAACUUUUCUAGGCGGAAAAGUUGUUAUCGACAACUUUUCGAGGCGGAAAAGUUGUUAUCGACAACUUUUCGAGGCGGAAAAGUUGUUAUCGACAACUUUUCGAGGCGGAAAAGUUGUUAUCGACAACUUUUCUAUACAGAAAAGUUGUUAUCGACCACUUUUCUAUACAGAA